CCCCUUGCUCUGGCGUUUCUCCUUCGGGGUAGGUGGAUUUGUUCGAAAUGGGAAGACUAUUUGUGAUAGACCUCGAAGGACUGGUUUAUAGCUGCAAGCAUUGUCAGACACAUUUCGCAGUUACUAAUGAUCUUAUCUCAAAGUCAUUUCACUGCAAGCACGGAAGGGCUUAUCUUUUCGACAAUGUUGUCAAUGUGACGGUUGGAGAGAGGGAGCAUCGCAUCAUGCUGACUGGUUGGCACACUGUAGCUGACAUCUUCUGUGUUAGCUGUGGCUCUCUUGUUGGCUGGAAAUACGAAAUCGCUUACGACAAGUCUCAGAAGUACAAGGAAGGAAAAUUCAUCAUAGAAAGGUUUAAGGUGCUUGGGCCCGAUGGAGGAGGAUACGACAUGAACCAGGACGAGCCUAUGACUGGAAGCGAUGAAGAAUAAAAAUAUGGUAUAUCUCUUAUUUUAACGACCCAUUGGAAAUAUUUGGCAAGUGUUCAAUGCUUCGUAUAGACUAUCGGUGACCGGCAAACUCGCCGGGAAAAAAAUCAACAUUUUUUCGGGUA